CUUGAUGGACCUACCAUUUGUAGUUUCCUUAUCCUCUCCUCUUGACUCUUCUCUUGACUCCUAUGGUGGAGAGUGGAGAGUGGAAACCAGGUUAAUGUUUCUCUGCAACUUCGUGCAACCUACUGUCUAUAUUGCAGCGACGUGGCGUUCUUGUGUCUUUCUUGUGGUGGAAAUUUAUAGUCAAAAUAAAGCAAAGCGAUAAAGGGAAAAUACAAAUCCUUGUAAUUCGGUGAUUUGUAACUCUUUCGAGGCAGCGGCCUUGAUGGACGUACCAUUUGUACUUUCCUUGUCCUCUCCUCUUGAGUCUGCCCUUGAUUUCGUGGAGAGUGGAAACCAGGUUAAUGUUUCUCUGUACAGGCCAGCAUGAAAGGGGUUAAUCAGAGUGUCGUGAGGAGGGUGAGUGCAUUUCUGGCUUGCAUAAUAGUGGUGGGAUUUGUGUCCAUUGCUAUUGAUGAACAACUCCAGGCUUCCUUGACUCCGAUUCUCGUCAGCAUGCAAAAUCUCUUCCCUUCAGAGAUGGACGAUUUGCAUGCAAAAGAUCCAGAUAUUCCUCCUUAUAAUUCAUCAGAUGUUACCGACGAGCUAAAAGUAAGCCUUUCAAAAGCGGCGAAUCAGGAGAAAACCGUUCUAAUCACGACUCUGAAUGCGGCGUGGGCGCAGAAGAAUAGCAUGGUGGAUUUAUUCCUGAAAAGUUUCCACAUCGGUAACGGAACCGAGGCGUUGUUGAAAAAUUUGUUGAUUGUUGCCGUAGAUGAGAAGGCGCUCAAUCGCUGCCGGGAAAUUCAUCCGCAUUGUUAUCUGAUGAAAACAGAGGGAGUCGAUUUCUCCGGUGAAAAUCUUUACAUGACUCGAGGUUAUUUGAAAAUGAUGUGGAGAAGGCUUCGUUUCUUCGGACAAGUGUUGGAGCGAGGAUAUAACUUCGUUUUCUCGGAUGCGGAUAUUAUGUGGUUUCGAGAUCCUUUUACUAAAUUCUCAUCCAAGGCAGACUUCCAAGUAGCAUCAAAUCGUUAUAGAAGGAAAGCAACUAAUCUCUACAAUAAGCCCAACGCAGGAUUCAUGUAUGUUCGCUCCAAUGAAAAGACAGUUGAUUUUUUCAGCUUUUGGUAUCGAUCUAAGAAAGAUUAUCCCCGUAAAAAUGAGCAACAAGUGUUGAACCUACUGAAAUGGGAAGAGUUCAGACGCAGGCGACUUAAAUUCGAAUUCCUUGACACUAAAUAUUUUGGCGGGUACUGUGAAAGAACGAAAGAUGUAAACUCGGUUUGUACCAUGCAUGCCAACUGUUGUGAACUCGGAUUGAAGGCCAAGGUUAUUGAUUUGAGAAAUACUCUUUCCGACUGGGAGAAAUAUAAGCAACAAGAAAAGCUAGGUAAAAGCAAGGAUGUGCUCUGGACAUCUCCAGACGCAUGUCAGAAUUCCUGUCGCCGAUGAAGACUGUUUUAAUACUAUUCAUAUGAUAAUAAUUAGCUUGAAAUCUGCUGAAGACUGUUUUAAUACUAUUCAUAUUAUAGUAAUUAGCUUGAAAUCUGCUGUGCGAUUCUCGUGACGCAUGUCAGAAUUCCUGUCGCCGAUGAAGACUGUUUUAAUACUAUUCAUAUGAUAAUAAUUAGCUUGAAAUCUGCUGAA